UUGGAUUCUAGAGUCUUAACUGAUCCCCGCACGUCAACGGCUCUUUUUUUUUUAAUUUUUUUUUUUUUAAACCUCCCCUUCCUCUUUUUUUUCUCCCCCCUCCAGUUCGUCUCCUCCGCUGAAUGGACGGUUUAACAUCUUAACCGAGAGGAAUACCUAUCUGCUGGGAGAGAGGUGGUUGUGGUGGUGGUGGUGGACGGGGGAGGUCUUCAGAGACAGACAGGUGGAUUUAUCCGUGUGUGUUUUUUGGGGGGGUUUGGAUGGAGGAGAAAUUGAUGGAUUCAUUUAACGGAGGAGAGUCGUAUGUGAUUCCCACUCCUGCCGAGGGCACCCGAAUGGAGUAACAGGCUGCAAUGUCAUCUCCACCUGGCCGCCUGGAGAGAUGUGUCACGGGAAUGGGAUCAAGUUUGAACACUUUUCCUCUGGUUUCACUGACGCUUUGAGAAGGAACCAAAAUGCCAGUAAACGGACAGGUGAUGGUGGCUGCCCGCACGGGCCCUCGCACCACGGCAGUAACACCCAACAUUCAUCGCACGGACUCCGCAGAAGAAGGCGCAAAACCCCCGCGACCGCAAACCUGCAGCAGCCACGCUUUGUGACACCGAAGGGUAUGAUGGGUGUAGUGGGCUGGAUGUUGCUCCUACUCUCCCAGAUCAUGGUGCCUGUGGCGUCCCAGAAGCCUCCAGGGCUCAGCGUGGGUGUGAUCAUGGGCCAGACGCGCCCUGUUUCUGAUCAGGAGCUCCGCCCACCGCGGCGCCCUGACGAUGCCCUCGACGUCUCUGUGGUAAUACUGAGGAUCAACCAGACAGACCCAAAGUCUGUGAUCACACAGGUGUGUGAGCUUCUGUCACGCACUCGUCUCCAUGGCAUUGUGUUUGCCGAUGGCACCGAUCAGGAGGCCAUUGCCCAGAUCCUUGACUUCCUCUCUGUUCAGACACAACUUCCAGUCCUGGGAGUCCACGGAGGCUCCUCUAUGAUUAUGGCUGACAAGGAUGAGAAGUCCACGUUCUUCCAGUUCGGCGCAGCUCUGCAGCAGGAGGCUCUACUCAUGCUUGCCAUCAUGGAGGAGUAUGACUGGCAUGUUUUUUCUAUCGUCACUUCCAAGUUUCCCGGUUACCAGGAAUUCAUCAGUACACUGAGGGUAACUGUGGAUCACAGCUUUGUGCGCUGGGACCUGCAGAGUGUGGUGACUCUAGAUGCUGUAGAUGGCGACCCAAACUCUAAAUCACACAUUGCCCUCAAGAGGAUCCAGAGUCCUGUUAUAUUGCUGUACUGCUCCAAGGAUGAGGCUUUGUAUAUACUCGAGGAAGCGCGGUCCUUGGGCCUGAUAGGAGCUGGUUACAUCUGGAUCGUGUCCAGUCUCACCACUGGCAACCCAGACUUUACCCCUGAGAUGUUUCCCCUGGGUAUGAUUUCCGUGUCCUAUGAUGACUGGGAGUACCCGCUGGAGACGCGGGUACGGGAUGGAGUGGGCAUCAUUUCCACUGCAGCCACCUCCAUGCUGCGGGAGAAGGGGGAGCUACCAGAGGCCCAGAGCAGCUGCUACAGCACAGCAUCAGACAGGAGCCCGGGGAAGCUCCCACCUAGUGCCCUACGCAGACACAUGAUGCAUGUGUGGAAUGAGGGCAGAGACUUAUCCUUUACUCCAGAUGGUUACCAGGCCAACCCCAAAUUGGUUGUCAUCGUCCUGAAUAGUGAAAGGAAGUGGGAGAAGAUGGGCCGCUGGGAGAACGGGACAUUGUCAUUGAUGUUCCCUGUGUGGCCGAGAUAUAACUCCUACGGAGAUGAGGAUGCUGAUGAAAACCAUCUCUCGAUCGUCACUCUGGAGGAGAAACCUUUUGUUAUUGUCGACAAUGUGGACAUCCUUACUGGCACCUGCAUGAGAAACUCUGUGCCCUGCCGCAAACAUGUCAAAGAUAACAGCACAUCAGGAGGUUCGUACAUCAAGCAGUGCUGCAAAGGUUUCUGCAUUGACAUUCUGAAGAAGAUAGCCAGGAACGUCAAGUUUACUUAUGACCUCUAUCUGGUCACCAAUGGAAAACACGGCAAGAAGAUCAACAACGUGUGGAACGGCAUGGUUGGAGAGGUGGUGUAUAAGAAGGCAGUGAUGGCAGUUGGUUCAUUGACCAUCAAUGAGGAGAGGUCAGAGGUCAUUGACUUCUCCGUGCCCUUCGUGGAGACUGGAAUCAGCGUCAUGGUCUCACGUAGCAAUGGGACCGUCUCUCCUUCUGCCUUCCUCGAGCCCUUCAGUGCAUCAGUUUGGGUGAUGAUGUUUGUGAUGCUGCUCAUUGUCACAGCCAUCGCCGUCUUCCUCUUUGAGUUUGUCAGCCCGCUGGGUUUCAACCGCAACUUGGCCCAAGGCAAAGACCCACAUGGUCCAUCCUUCACCAUCGGUAAGGCCAUCUGGCUGCUGUGGGGUCUGGUGUUCAACAACUCUGUACCGGUGCAGAACCCAAAGGGAACCACCAGUAAGUUCAUCGUAUCAGUGUGGGCCUUCUUUGCCGUGAUCUUCCUGGCCUCCUAUACUGCCAACCUGGCUGCCUUCAUGAUCCAGGAGGAGUUUGUGGACCAAGUCACUGGAUUGUCUGACAAGAAGUUCCAGAGUCCAUACUCGUAUUCCCCUCCUUUUCGCUUUGGGACGGUUCCCAACGGCAGCACAGAGCGCAACAUCAGGAAGAACUAUCCAGAUAUGCAUCAGUACAUGACCAAAUACCAUCAGAGUGGAGUCCAGGAUGCGCUGGUCAGCCUCAAGACUGGAAAGCUGGAUGCUUUCAUCUACGAUGCUGCGGUGUUGAACUACAUGGCCGGCAGAGAUGACGGCUGUAAGCUGGUUACCAUCGGCAGCGGUUACAUCUUUGCCACCACAGGUUAUGGCAUCGCCCUGCAGAAAGGCUCCUACUGGAAACGUCUCGUUGAUCUGGCUAUACUGGGCAUCAUAGGAGAUGGUGAAAUGGAGGAGCUAGAAGCACAGUGGCUCACGGGGAUCUGCCACAAUGAGAAGAACGAGGUGAUGUCCAGCCAACUGGAUGUGGACAACAUGGCAGGGGUCUUCUAUAUGCUGGCCACAGCCAUGGGCCUCUCCAUCCUCACCUUUAUCUCUGAGCACCUUUUCUACUGGAGACUGAGAUACUGCUUCACUGGUGUCUGUUCUGGAAGGCCGGGUUUGCUCUUCACUAUCAGCAGGGGUAUAUGGAGCUGUAUCCAUGGAGUUCAUAUAGAUAUGAAGAAGAAGGCUCCUGAGCUUGACUUCAGUCCUCAAGCCAACAUGCUGCACCUGCUCAAGUCCGCCAAGUCCAUGGCUUUGUCUUCUCCCAAACGCAACACAGUCCUCUUGCAGCCUAGCAUCCUAGAUAUGGUGUCAGGGAAAGGUAACUCCCUCCAUAGUCUGCCUCCGAAGGGUCCUGGUCUCUAUAGCAACGCCGCUGGUCCACAGAGUUUCCUGUCAUUGUCCGGGCGACACAAAAACCUCCUUAACAAUGCUGCGCCAUUUCCCGGGCAACAAAAAGCCCCUGCUCUCCAGACCAGCCCCAACAAGCCCCAGCUGUCAAUCACCAACGACAACGGCAAGACCCGCCUUCCCGGGCCGGCCUGCCCUGCGUCAAAGCCUCGAGCCCUUUGGAAGAAAAGCGUGGAGACCCUGAAGACCCAGCCCACUGUCGUAUCUCCAGGCCACGGCCCAAGCCCCACCCCAGCAUCUGGACCUGGACCUCCACAAAUGAAGAGCCAGCGCUACCUUCCCGAAGAGCCGCCGCACUCUGACAUAUCAGAGUGCUCCAGUCGGCCGCCAUCACACAAAGAUUCUGACUCCAUGGCGGCGAGGGGCGGAUUCAAGCCAAUCAAUCAGCUGAGGAAGAGGGGUGGGGGAGGAGGAGGAGGGGGAAGUGGGGGCGGAGGAUCCAAGAUUUACUCCAUUGACUCAGACCAGGCCAGUCUCCAGUCUGCUCCUCCAUACCAGCGGGACAGCCAAGGGGGAGGUGAUGACCACAGUUACCCCCCUGACCUGUUUCCACCUGAAAGCACAUACUCACACAGUCACACACACUCCCACCAGGCGGACGCACCCAUUUUACAGCUGAGUGCCAGCCUGCUGCACCACAGUCACAGCGCUGAGGCCGACCUGCACUCCCUGAAGGACAAGAAAUACAGCACCUACACACACAGCAGUGUGAAGGAGAAGGCUGGAGGUUCAUUCGAUGCCCCAGUUGCGGGUUCAGGGACACAGAGCGCCAGGCCCGGCCACUGUCGCUCCUGCCUGACCAAGCUGACUGGUUACUCUGGCCUUUACACUGUCCGCUCGCCGCAGGCUCGCUGUGAUGCCUGCGCCCACCUGGGAAACCUGUACGACAUCAGCGAAGACCACCUGCACUCACACUACUCCCACACACACACUCACCCACACAGCGGGGACAUGUUUACACACUACCUUCCCCAGAACGAGCUGGGCCUGGUGGGCGAAGGGGACGGGCUAGUCAGCCACUUCGAGCCCUCCCCUACCUCCCCAUCUCCUCUUCCCACCUCCUCGUCGGCCCAGCACCUCCAGCUGAGUCGCCAGCCCUCCUAUGAAAACGUGCUUCCGGACGGCGUUCCCGAGCGGCAGUCGCAGUCGCACACCCACCUGCGGGGGCUGAGUCUGCCUGACAGAGAUAGGGAGAGGGAGCUGACCCUGGACGAGGGGGCCUAUGCUAACGUUCUCACAAUGCGCUCUGAUCGUCCGUUCAGCAGCCGCAGCCCCCCCUCUCCAUCACCCUCCCACCACCACAGCCUGGACGCCCCAAUGCCUCUCCCCCGGCGCUCAAAGAGUCUCUUCCCCGAUCGCCCCUCUCACAACCCUUUCCUCCAGUCAGCUCCUGGCACGACACAACGAGACCCCGCCUCCCAGGCUGUCACACGCAUGCCGCAGAGAAGUUCUGCCCACGAGCUCUAUAAGCAGCGGAUGCCAGUGUCGCUUACCCUCGGUAACCAUGGCAGCCAUCAAUUCAACCAGCAUGGCGGCCAUGUUGACCAACAGGUGUUCUACCCUCAGCAGGAGCCCCCUGUGGUGGCCUACAUGGUCCCACCUGCUGCCUCUCAGCCAAUGAGCUAUGUGACAGCACCGCGAGCCUCGAGCGCAGGCAGCAACCGGCCCCGGCUCUACCGCCGCAUGCCCAGCAUCGAGUCUGACGUCUGAGAGUCACACACGCGCGCACACACACACUCACUUACUCUCACUGAAACACACGCAUGCAAGAAAGAAAGUGUGCGACCGGACCAGGCAGCUCUGAUUCUAAGCACAUAUACAGAAACAUGCACACAGACAUACACACACACACACACACACACACACACACACACACACACACACACACACACACACACACAUACACACACAGGUGAGCUACAGGAAGGUCUGCUCUGGACUAAAAGGUUAAUGGUGAUGCUGAAUAAAUAAAUAGAUCAUUGUUUCUUUAUCACACCCUCUAUAGGGCAGGGUUGGGGGCCACAGGGACACCUGGAGGCACAAUACAAGAUGAAGAGUGUGUGUGAGUGUCAGUGUGUGUACUAGCCUCAAGCUGUGGGCAACGAGGCUAAAAACUGACAAAUACGUCUGACCAGACAGAUCAAAUUCCUGGCGGAAUAAGAGGGACACUGUACAUGGAGUCAAACACCCACAGUGGGAUCUGAUGGAAGAUACUGAGACGAGCCGACCUGUCCCGCCCUCUCACCAGCCUCUUGGAGAUGGAGGGGACACAACCCCCCCCCCCCUCGCGCGCCCCCCCCUUCUUCCCUUUCUUUCGGAGAAUACACACAUUUCACCUAAACACAGCCGCCCCUCUCCAGGACUUUCCUGUUGCACUAUGAUUUCUACAGUCAACCCGUAUGUUGUCUGAGCCUCCAAACUGCACUGCCAGCAUGGCUUAAAGAUUAGUAAACUACACUAGAGUAAUCCUUGACUUGAAUGGAAAUUACUAUCUAUGUAAUAGACUAGACUGGGAGGCGGGCAGCUGGUCAGGACACAGGUCUGAGAAGUGUAUCAGCUGCUGCCCGCAGACGUACAAACACUCGAACACACACACACUUUGUCUGUUUUUUAGGGGAAGUAAAAGCUACCGACUGUUUGUUAUUGUUGAUGUCAGUUAAUUGAACAUUCCAAAAAAAAAGUGGACCAAACAUGGCCGCCCGUAAAAGCCUCUCAGGAUGAGAGUGUGUGUUCUAGUGUUUCUAGAUCUAGAGACACACAGUAUAGCAUUCUUGCUUCCUCUCUUAGCUAGCCUUCAGGUCAUACUGCAUGCUUCCUACUGCCCUGUGUUACAGUUAAACUCCUAUACAGGGUCAUAUAUGCACACACACAUACACACACACACACACACACACACACACACACACACACACACGCAGUAGUCUAGGGUAGUAGUUUAGGGUGGGUGUGUGUGUCGAGGUUACGAGAUAGCCUCUCUUUGUGCACUUUGUAGAUUUUAUACCCUGCCACCUAACACAGACGUUUGACCAAAAACACUUUUAUACUGAACAAUAUGAAUAUUCUCGAUCAUUCGCUGGAUAGAUGUUUUCUUUUUUCUCUUAUUUCUCUUUGACACUGGGUUUUUAGGGCACCGUUGAGGCAAAGCGCUGUCGGUUUUCAUUGUGAGGUCAGAAGUUUUACAGUGUUAGAUAAUGGGCACAGCUUCAUACAGUAUACACAACACCAACUCUUUAAUCUCUCUCUUCUUUUUUUUUUUUUUUUUUUUUACUUUAGCUUUGCUCACUCUUCCUUCUAGCCUUUCCUAAUUCCUUCAUCGGCUUGUUUUUGUUUAUUCUCUCUAUCACUUCCUUCCCUAUGCUUCCUUCUAUAGAGUAGAUUGAGUAUCAGAAGAAUAAAGUUCAGUCGUGGUGUUUUAAAAAAAACUCAGCAUAUUGUUGGAAAUCACUUAAUAUCAGUAGUCGUAAGAGUUCAUCAAAUUCAACAUCAGCUCUCGUAGGAUACAGUACUUUUUUCUAAUAACUUUCUAUGUUGAACAAAGGAACUUUAGGCCCGGUUUAAUGUAUCCGUAGUGAAUUAAGAGGCUGAGUGCAUCACUGUUGCAGAUUUACUCAUCAAAUUAAUACUCCUGGCGAGAAUAGCUGGUACUUCUGCGGCUCUCUGUUGGCGAGAACACAGCGCUAUGUUUCAGCAGAGAGUCACAUGGCAAAGCAGAGAGUUUGCAAAGUGACUCGUUACAGAGGCAAUACUCACACACACACAUGCGCGCGCGCACACACACAAACACACACUCGACAAGCUGGCAAUGUGUGUAUGAGUGUUCUAGAAAUCCAUAAUCUACUGAGUAAGGGCAUUGAUUUUUGAGCACAAGGAUUUUGAUGGAAAAAGGACUUGAUUUCCCAUUAGCUGAGUGUCUAUCUCUAUUCUCUUUCUUUCUCCCUGUCACACACAAACACACACACACACACACACACACACAUAUAAAUAUAUAUAUAUAUAUUGGCUGCAAAGAAUGCAAGACAGUUUGAAACAAAAAACCGCACCUUUGAACGGUGAACGCUGCCCCUCUUUGGUAAACUUAACAGGUUUGGUGUGUGAGUUAUAUGCACAAUAUCAGGUUGCAAUAUUAUACUUAUGUACAGAGAUUUUUUUUUUUGUUUGUUUUAAAUGUUAGAAAUUGAUUUCAUUUGUUUGAUUUGAAUGGUAUUGCGUGUUGAAUUCAUUUCAAUAACAACGUGGCUUUUUAUUCUGCUUCUUUAAAAAAAAAAAAAAAAAAAAAAAAGACUGGCAUGUUUUAGAUUCUUGUGUGAAACUGAUUCUUUUUUUUUUUUUUUUCCUCUGGUGUGUUGUUGGUUGGGACCUCACUGUACAGUCCUCACUGCUGGGUUAACAAACACACUCACCUGGUCAGCUAACCAGUAAACUAGCUCCACGUCGCUGGGUCUCUCAUCUGAAUCACUCAAUGAAUAAUGAUAGUCCAGCCUGUGUGGUUACGAACCCCCUCCACCCACAUAGUUCUCUUCCACUACGAGUCUGUGCUGUUUCACCUCUGAGUGUGAGCGAGUGUGUGUGUGUGUGUAUGUGUGUGUUUUACACCGUGCAGGCAUUUAUAUAAGACAGAGGAUGAUAUGUGUAUUGAGAGUUUGUUUGUGGUGUGUGUGUGUGAGUGUGAGUGUGUGUGUGUGUGUGUGUGUGUGUACUUUUCUGUACUCUCUUCCCUUCGUCCCACACGUAACAUUUGACCUGGCUCUUACUCAUAUAACACAAAUACAGUUACACACACACAAACACACACACAUACACACAUGUUGCGUCUGUACUGUUGUGCUGAAGAGAGCAUGUAGAAUGAGUUUUGUAUGUUCACCAUCACACAGAUUUUUACACCAACCUUUUGUUUUAUUUUGGAUUUUUUAAAUUGCAUGACGUGCUCGUGUUUCUGGUGGUACCUAUUUUGCUGCAACACCUGAGUUCUCCCUGAGUUGACCUGCUGGGCUACAUGCGUCGAUGUUCCCCCUCCACCCUUGGUUAGGGCACCACAUCUGACCGGAGCUCUGGACCCUCCCCCCCCAUCCUCCCUCCACUCCCAACCCUGCCUCCCCAGGCUCCCGGCCUGUGAUGUCACCAAUAUGGUACCCAGCUGGCCCCGCACAACGCCAGCAGCCACUGAGGAACGCGUGGAAAAUGUUCCCGGGCUCAGCACAGCUCUUAGUUUGGUCCAGGUGUGCUCAUAUACAUACAGUGCUGGGUGGAAGGUGCGCGUUGGCGUGUAGUCCUGUGGGUCCUGCUGUGUAUCUCACUUGUGUAUAAGUUCAGGGGUUUCUAAGCUACUAGUUGUGUUGUAAAUACUACCUUGUCACUCAGUACCUCUGUACAAUCUGUAAAUAAGUAAAGGUUACAUUUUU